AUGAUAUCCCUUCUGAAGGAGGAAAACUCGAGUCUCCUUCGUGAAAUUGACGAGGGAAAGAAAAACGAGGAAGCUCUUACCAAGAGGAAUGAUGAUUUAGUCAACGAGUUGAAAACGAAAAUUGCAGACUAUGAGGACGCAUUAUUCCGGAAAGGAAAGGAAGCAGACACUCUAAAGGACCAACUCGCUGAUAGAGACAAAGAGUGUGAGCGGAACAGAAACAAACUGGAGGAAAUGGAGAGUCGAGCAUCGGACAACGACUUUUAUUGUGGUUACCUGGAAGAGAAAGUUAAGGCGCAUGAAGCGGAAAGGAAAAAAUUGAAACAGGUGACCACACAGCUCGAAGAGAAGUUGCGAACCUCACAGCAAGAAUUAUCUGCUCUUGCCAAAAAUCGUGACCUCGGAAAAAAUCAUGUUCAUGAGGCUCAGAAGAAGGUCCGUAUUCUGGACGAGAGAGUUCAGCAGCUUCAACGAGAAAAUGAAAAACUGAAGGAGAAAUUAGACGAGAGAGAGCGGGAAGUGGCCUCACUGAGUAAUUUAAGAGCAAAUAAACAAAAGAAUAAAAAUAAUGCUCUGGUUGCAGAGAACAAGGCCCUCAAAGAAAGGAUCGCAAAACGACAAGAUCAAAAUGCAAUCCUCCAGAGCGAAAGAGCCGAAAGGAAAUCACUAGAAACUGAGUUGAAGGAAGUAAAAGGAAAUCUGAAAGUGGCGGAAGAUACCUUGAGUCAGGUUCAAGAGCGACUCAAAGAGGCUGAAGAAAAAAGUACACAGGUAGAAGUACAUCGGCGAAAAGUCCUGGAGGCAGAGGCUGAUCGCUGUAUUGAGAUGGAAGAUUUUCAGACAGCAAUUGUUUUCCUAGGAAUUAUAACAAAGGACUAUGAUAAUGUGUUGGAUUGUCGUGUAAAGGAGUUGAGAUGCCACACGGCUCUAGGAAUGGUGGAAGAGGCCCAAAAAAUACUGGACAAUUUACCUGCCGAGUAUCAAGAUGACUGUGAUGUUCUGGUGGAGUCUGCCCUACUUUGUGCCUUUGAUGCUGAGUUAGAGAAAGCUGAAAUGAUUUUGACUCAGGUUCUAGACCGAUGUCCUCACCACGAAAGGGCACUCAAGGGAAAAGAGUUUCUGGAGCAGCGGAAGAUAUGGACAGACGGUGAAGCUACGGUCCAUCUUGAGAAAUUAGAUGAAGAUCAAGAAGAUGUGGAAGCUUUGAUCUCAGCUGCCGAAACCCUGGAAAGAAUGGAACGCCAUGGCUGCCCCUACGACAUCCUAGGCGUUGCAGAGGAUGCUGCUUUGAAGGAAAUAGAAAAGUCCUACAGGAAGCUGGCCCUCAAGAGCCACCCUGAUAAGUUCCAAGGGUCUCAGGCAGAGCGAGAACAAGUGAAUGAAAUCAUGCAAAAGAUCAACUACGCUAACGACAUCCUACGUGACGCUGACGAAAGAGAGGAAUACAACACUCUCAGGGGCUUCGUCAAGGACGUUGCGGAUAAGCUGUUCGAAGAUCCCAAGUUUCCCGAUGAAUCCGAUGAUGAAGAAGAAGAUGAGUCAGAAACUGUCUGA